AUGGCCGCGCUCGCCACGCUCUACAAGGCCGUCCGCAGCGACCAGCUCGCCGAUACCAACAUGACGUGGCUUUGGCCCGAGCUGGACAUGCGGAACCUCACGUCCAUCCCCGACGAGUUCGCUCCAGCCUUCCAUGCCUACGCGCCGAUGCUACCGAGGCUGCAAGCCGACAUCAAGUUCCAUCGCCAUCUUCGCCUUCCGCGAGACACUCCAGUAGCGCGGAAGUGUAUCGUGUCGGCCAAAGAGCUCGCAACAGCUCUCAACGACUGGGCGGAGCAGCUGCAGAUCCUCGCACUAACCCAGGACCCCGACGCUUUGCCGACGCAGCACCUCUACAACGCGCUGCCCAGGCUACCCAAGCUCCGUCACCUCGACGUCCGGUGGCAUGCUGGCACACACGCAGAAGAAACUACGGUCCUUCUCCAUGCUCUCAGCGACUACUCAAACGUCACGGAGCUCUGGCUGCGCUACGAUCCGAACCCGAGCUCGCCGCAGUGGACCGCGACCGAGGUCACGGCGCUUGCACGAUGGCUCCAGGCCAAGUCCGUCACCGCGGUCGGUCUCGUGGAUGCCCCCAUCGGCGAUGCGAAUGCAAAAGUGCUCGCACGCGCGCUGCUGCAAUCACAAACACUCAAGUCCCUCCACGUCGAUGACGGACAAUUGCCGCGCACGCUCUUCAGCCUCGGGCUGUCGCUUCCGACCCAGCUCGAGUCGCUCAACACCUACGUGCGACACAUCCAUGAUGUGCCGGGCCUCACGCAGACCAUUGCUGGCUCCAACCUGCGCACGUUGGUUGUCGGAACGCGCUCCCACUGCCGUCGGUCGUGCGACUGA